UAGCCCUGCCCCUGGCCUACACAAUAGCAUGGCGAGAUUUUUUUUAUUUGGCGUUUAUCAUGUUUUGGAAAAGAGCUCUUCAAAUGUUCAACAAUAAUCGGCAGGGGGCGCCACCUGCACGAACACCUCUCAAUUUUCGGGUUCUUCGAACACUGAAUCGCAAGCAGGAAGAACUGUGAGUGUUGAUCUGGUCAGAGAAUGUCUAAGACGUAGACGGGCUCUGAUUUGGUGUUGAUGUCCAUCUUUCACUGACCAACAUGAAGUUAUGAAGACCACUGAACCACAGUUGGGAUAGCGACAAACGUAAACCAAUACACGCGUUUACAGGCAUAGACUUUGACAAAAUACAACGGAAUUCAUGUGGGAUCUGUAGGAGAAACCACAUGAACGAUGAGGAGACUGUCUCGCAAGAAAGCUCUCAACCUGGUGAAAGAACUGGAUGCUUUCCCAAAGGUUCCAGAAAGCUAUGUGGAGACGAGCGCAAGCGGAGGAACUGUGUCAUUGAUUGCAUUCACGGCCAUGGCUCUCUUGGCAUUCUUCGAAUUUUUUGUGUAUCGGGAUACAUGGAUGUCCUAUGAAUAUGAAGUCGAUAAGGAUUUUACAAGUAAAUUACGAAUAAAUAUAGAUGUUACCGUUGCCAUGAGGUGUCAAUUUGUAGGUGCAGAUGUUUUGGAUUUGGCUGAGACAAUGGUAGCAUCUGAUGGUCUUCAGUAUGAACCAGUUGUUUUUGAGCUGACCCCCCAACAAAGGAUCUGGCACAGGACUCUGCUGCUCAUUCAAAACCGUCUGCGAGAAGAACACGCUCUUCAAGAUGUCCUGUUCAAAAGCCUUCUAAAGGGAGGGCCUACGGCACUGCCUCCACGUGAAGUGGAUCCUAAUCAGUCCCCAAAUGCAUGUAGGAUACAUGGACACCUUUAUGUCAAUAAAGUUGCUGGGAACUUCCACAUCACUGUUGGCAAAGCUAUUCCACAUCCCAGAGGACACGCCCAUCUAGCUGCUCUCGUCAGCCAUGAAACUUAUAACUUCUCCCACCGAAUUGAUCAUCUGUCCUUUGGGGAGGAAAUCCCAGGUGUCAUAAAUCCACUGGAUGGCACAGAGAAAGUGUGCACUGACCAUAAUCAGAUGUUUCAGUAUUUCAUCACCAUUGUGCCCACCAAGCUGAAAACCUACAAGAUAUCAGCAGAAACUCACCAGUACUCUGUCACAGAGAGGGAACGGGUGAUAAACCAUGCUGCUGGUAGUCAUGGUGUUUCUGGAAUCUUCAUGAAGUAUGAUAUUAGUUCCCUCAUGGUCACGGUCACGGAGCAGCACAUGCCCCUGUGGCAGUUCCUGGUGCGCCUUUGCGGCAUUAUUGGAGGCAUCUUCUCAACCACAGGCAUGCUCCAUGGUCUGGUUGGAUUCUGUGUGGACAUCGUCUGUUGUCGCUUAAAGCUGGGCGUCUAUAAACCCAAAGAGGUUGGUAUUCUUGAUGGACACAGCAGCCAAACACCAUUACUUACAGAUACCAAUGAACAGGAGUAAGCUGGCUCAUUUGUGGUGGUCUUGUUUCUGAACUGUGUGGCUGCCUACUAGGGUUCACUGCAUCCACCUUCACCUGAUUUGGUGAAAUAAACAGCAUUUACAGGGAUACACAUCCCAAUUGAAGACUUUUCACUCCAAUAAACUACAUAAGGACCCUAUUCAAGAGUCACUCAAAUUAUGUCAAUAUUAAUUUGGUGACAGUGGGCUUUUAUUGUUUUGUCAUCUAUGGAUUGUGAACAUACCUGCUUAAAAUAGCAUCCAUUUUUCACAUGAUGAGCAUGUAGUGAUUAUGUGCAAGGCACAAAAGAAAUAGAAGCAUACUGUAUAGCUUGGAAGUGGUUCCGAGUCCUCUUUCAAAUGAACUAAUAAUGUAAAUACAAAAAUUCCCUUUUGGUUUGGUCCACUUUCUGGUCCCCUUUUAGUGGACAGUUUAAUUCUUUUAAAAGGGACUAGGGUGUUUUUACAUAUAGUCCCUUUUAAAAGAACCGAACUCAGUAUCUGCAUAGAAAAUGUGACCAAGGGGGAGAAUGUAUAAGCAAAAUAAAAUUGGUACACCAUACUUAACAGAAGAUUAAGAACCUUCUAUUUGACGAAUAGGAUGUAAACCAUUACAAUCCAGUACCAGAUAAUCCCACCCAAUGCCUCAGCCUGUCUAACAGUAUGCAGUAAUCAAUUGUGUCAAAGGCCGCACUAAGGUGCAGAAGUAUCAGGACAGAGUCCAAGCCAUCAUCGGCUAUUUUUAAAAGGUCAUUGGUAACUUUCAGUAGUACUGUUUCAGUGCUAUGAUGUUUAGGAAACCAGAUUGAAACCUCUUGUAAAAAUGUUGUUAUCAAGAGCAGAAAGAAGUUGAUUGGACACUAUUUUUUCAAGAAUUUUAGAUAUAAAAGGUAAUUUGGAUAUAGGGCUGUAGUUUUGAAGAAGAGGGAUCAAGCCCAGCCUUUUUUAGCAAAGGGUUCACAGGCCGUUUUAAAAUAAUCAGGGACAUUACCAUUACACAAGGAACUGUUUAAGAUGGAGAGCAGGCAGGGCCCAACAGAUUCCAUUACCUCUAUUAAGAAACUUAGUUGGCACAAUAUCAAGAGGGCUGGAAGACACUUUCAUAUGAGACAGUUUCUAAAAGUUCAGAUUAGGUGAUGGGAUCCAACUUGUUCAAAAUAUCUUGUUCAGAAUGGGGUACCUCAAGUAACUUGGAUCAGGAGUAAUAGAGGCUCUAAUAGCCUCCACCUUCUCAGUAAAAAAAGGACAAGAAUUUUCACAAUCAGCAUCACUUUCAACUGGGGCACAAGGUGGGUUUGGGUUUACCAGAUAAUCUACUGUUUUGAAUAAAAACAGGGUUGUUAUUAUGGUCAGAAAUAAGUUCUGAAAAAUAGUGUGAUAUUGCAUUCUUAACCAUGUUGUUGUAUUGUGAUAAUAAAUCUUUCAUAAUGUA